GGGGGGGGAACCGGAAGCGGAAGUGUGAGCUGGUGAGCGGCAGGGAGUUUCACGCUGCUCGGAGUGAGCUGCCAGGUGGACUCGGACUGAGCCAAACUUGUGUUUUUACUUGAUCUGUGUUGGCCCUGCGAUGAGGUGGCGACUUGUCCAGGGUGUACCCCGCCUUCCGCCCGAAUGCAGCUGAGAUAGGCUCCAGCACCCCCCGCGACCCCAAAAAGGGACAAGCGCCUACCUGUGAUGUCACAGCGCGGGUGGAGCCUGCAGAUGUCGCCAUGCCGUACGUAGACCGACAGAAUCGCAUCUGCGGCUUUCUGGACAUUGAGGAGAUGGAGAACAGUGGCAAGUUCCUGCGCCGCUACUUCAUCCUUAGCACGGAGCAGCGCAACCUGCUUUGGUACAUGGACAACCCACAGAAUCUUCCGGAAGGAGCAAAGAACGUUGGAUCUCUCAACCUCUCCUACAUCUCCAAGGUGAGCGAUGCCGCCAAAACGAGGCCAAAGACAGAGUUCUGCUUUGUUAUAAACGCAGCAAUGAGGAAGUUCUACCUGCAGGCCAACGACCAACAAGACUUGGUGGAAUGGAUCGCUGCUCUCAACAAAGCCACCAAGAUAACUGUGCCAAAGGUCAGCGUGGCUAUGGUGGCAGACACCCAACAGGAAGUCCUGGGAGUCUCCUACAAGACUGAAAUCAUUGGAGGAGUGCCCAUCGUCACAGCUACUCAGGAGCGGGGCGAGGGGCAGGAUGGGGUAGAGCGUGGAGGUUUAAGGCGGGGCCACAACCAGUCACCUUACUUCCUGUCCAGAGAAGCGCAAGACCAGGCCGUCAUCAAGGCGGGGUACUGUGUAAAACAGGGAGCUGUGAUGAAAACAUGGAAGCGCAGGUACUUUAUCCUGGAUGAAAAUGCUCUCAGCUACUUCAAGUCAGACUUGGACAGGGGGGCAUUGCGAGUCAUCCAUCUAAAGGACAUUCUUAAAGUCCAGGAGUGCAAACAGAGUGAGCUGAUGAUGAGGGACAACCUGUUUGAGAUGAUCACCAGCUCCAGAACAUUCUACUUGCAGACUGACAGUCCAGAGGACAUGCACAGCUGGAUCAAAGCCCUCUCCGGCGCCAUCGUGGCACAGCGGGGACCCGGCCACUCCAUCAACACGGAUGAAGCUGAGCCGUCACCUCCCGCUGCCACAGCGUCGUCCUCCACCUUUUAUUACCCCAUCAGUGAGGAGCUGCAUUACCCACAAUCCUCCUGUCUGCCCACUCAUCCAAAAGGCGAACUCUCACCAUCACAACUUCAUGGCCUUUCUUCCGCGGAAGUCGAACGUCUCGUCAUCGAAGACGUCCAGCCAGGCGGCUUGAUCCCGCCUCUAACUGCAGAUGGAGACACCCACCAAGUUAAGCCAGGGGAAGAGUCGCUAUGGAAACGGCAAAGCGACAUAUCCCAGCAGGUGCUUGUCAACAGCAGGGAGGAUCAAAGCUCCGCCAUUACGCCAGACGUACGCAUGACCUCGUGAGGAGAAGGAUGAUGAUGGUGAAACAUCGUCUUUUUUGUCCCCCAAUUUAAUUACAUGUGUAAUUACUUUCACUUUGCUCUGCUGACUUACCUUAUUUUGACUUUUUGGAUUACUUAUUUAUUAAUAAAACACUCCUUCAAAGAUGUCA